CGCUCUCUCUCACACACAAAUGAACUAGGAAGGAAAGGAAGUCUGAAAGAGAAUAAGUACUUCAAUGAAAUUUACCUAACUCAAAAAAAAGAUUCCACCCACUUAGACAAAUUACCCACAUACUUGUCAUCCUCUCUCUUACUUUCUUCCUCUAUACUCACACACACACACACACAAAUAUUAAAAAAAAAAAAAAAAAGGUCAACAGCAAGGAGGAGGAGGAAGCUUUUGAAUCGUCUUCUCCUCUGGAAUGAGUGAUAAUGAGAGUCAUCACCUCUUUGAGUCUUCCUAAGCAAACAAGAAAGCACUCACCUAGUUCUAUAUUCUAGUUUAUGGCUAAUGGGAGGAUACUCUUUUAACCCUAGUUCCAGCAGUAAACACUCCUCUCAAAGUCAGACUCGUACCAGUAAUAACCACUAACCAUAGUACUGGACGCAAUCGUCUUUUAUAUAAGGGAGGUUUAUGUUUCUGGAUUUUUGGGGCUUGUUUCAUAUCUCCAGUUACACAUCUUCUCUAAUUAGAUCUAUGCCUCGGAUAAGUGCGGUUGUCGACGGUCCUAGAUCAUCAUGAAUUUAUUCUCAGGUGGACGUGGGUUCAACGAUCAAGGCUCCUCAAAAAGCACACACCCAUUUUCUCAUUCUUCUUCACCAUCCACUUCUUCUUCUUCUUCUUCCAGCCAGAAGAUUCUAGUUCCUUUCUCCUAUCAAAGAAGUUGGUUAAGCAGCAGCAGGACCACUAAUAAUGGUGAAGAUCUCGUAAUGAUGGAUACUCCCCCUAGCGCAGAUGAGGCAGCUGAAAAUCAUAACCAUCCUCAUCAGCUUGAUCUGGGAGUUGGCGCAAGUAGCACUGCUAAUAUUGAGAGAGAGCACAUGUUCGAUAAGGUAGUCACUCCCAGUGACGUGGGCAAGCUCAACCGGUUAGUCAUCCCCAAACAGCACGCUGAGAAGUAUUUUCCUCUGGAUUCCUCGACCAACGAGAAAGGGCUCCUUCUGAAUUUUGAAGAUAGGAAUGGGAAGCCUUGGCGGUUCAGAUAUUCGUACUGGAAUAGCAGCCAAAGCUAUGUAAUGACCAAAGGUUGGAGCCGGUUCGUGAAGGAGAAGAAGCUGGAUGCUGGGGAUAGAGUCUCAUUUCAGCGUGGAGUGGGUGAAUUGGGCAAGGAUCGUCUCUUCAUCGACUGGAGGCGCCGUCCAGACGCCCCCGACCACUUCACUACUCAUUUCUCUAAUACUAGUAGUAUCUACCGCUCCAAUAAUAUGCAGUACCCAGCUGCUGCUGCUUGGAAUCAUCCGCUCUUUCUGCAGCCGCCGCUAGGCCAUUCACAUUUACAUUCCCGUCUGAUGCUGGAACCUGCAGCUGCAGGCAGCAUGUCUCAUCAUCAGCAGCAAUCUUCUUAUCCUCCUCCUAGAUACAGCGCUUAUGGAAACACUACUCCUAAUUAUUACUACGACAGUACUUGUAAUUUCAACAACAGUACAACCGUAGUAAAUGGAAACCCUUGUCCGAGCGCGUCAGUAGUUUAUCUCAGAUCGGGCUUAGCACAACAGCAAAGAGGUACUAAUAGUAGUACUAGUGUUGGAGGGAUUGUGGAGCCAGUGGUGUUCGACUCCGUACCGAUUGUCCAAGGCAAGGCAGCAGCAAAGCGACUCAGGCUGUUCGGCGUCAAUAUGGACUGUACCAUCUCAGACUCGGAUGAUUCAUGUGAAAUGUCCUCAUCCUCCUCCUUGCCGGCUACACCAACUUAUUCUCAUCUUCCCCAAUUUUUACCCUCAAUUUCAAGGACUUUUAACAACUACGAUGUCAUCCCCGCAGCCACCCAAGAAGAAUCCAAGGCAUCCAUGUCCUUGGAUUUGGAUUUGGAUAUUUGAUAAUUUCUAAAAGGCACUCCCCAAGUGUAAAUUCAAGAGAAUUAGCUGCAAGGGCUUCAUCAUGAUCUGCCAUAUAUGGCAAGGGCCAUCAAGAAAACCCUCCGAGUCCUGAGAAAAUGCCAUUGCAAAGUCACCACACAGAGGGUUGUUGUUCUUGUCGCUGCUUCGUUGGGCACGCCCGCCAGGCAGUACUACUUCUUCGGAGCUUAGCUUUUAUAAAAAGGUACAUAACAUUUCAUCUAGUUGACUAGCUAGCUUGCCUAUUUAUCAUCAUCAACUCCUGCGAGCUUCUUUACUACUUCUAAAGAUGCUUCUAAUAGUUUUCGUUUGUCGCUACUCAUCCUUAUUUAAUUUGGUUGCUUCUUCCUGUCAGCCCUUAGCACCACCUACCUUUUCCAUUCUUAAGUUGCUCUUUGGCUUUUGCUGAUGCAUCUCUUUAAUUUGUUACCCUCCAAAAAGCUAACAGAUCGAUGUGCCUCAGCCAGACUCAGCUUAAUGUUGUUAGAAUAACAUAAGAGAAACAGUUUCCAUUUAUAUGUUUGAAAACUAUCUGAAAUCACACACGGGAGGAAGGUGACAAAACCCCUCUUCUAAAAGCCAAAAGAAAUUAAUUAACGCAAGAGUAAUUAGCUAUUCAGUUGCACACUUGGAAUGAAUGAAUAUGUAUGUUCCAUUUCUUGUCUCUUUCCUUCUCCUUUCUUUAAACAAUUAUUAGCGGCAGAAUACCUAAAGACCAUCCUAAAUUUGACGCAUUUUAUUCAGAUUUCUCUUAAACUAUUGUUUGAGGGGGUAACGAUUAUAGAAAAAUCAAGAACAUGGGGUAACUAGGACCAAGUAUAGUUUAAGGGGGAUCGGAAUAUAAUGCGUCAAAUUUGGAGGGGGUCUUUAAGUAUUCUUCCAUUAACAAGUUGCAUCUCAAUAUUGUUGGUUUUAUUAUCUUUCCGAGUGGUUAACACAUUAAAAUCUCUAUGAUAUAUAGCACACUGCUCACAAUUUGUCAUCCAAUUUCAAGCUUGGAUAUAUAUAUAAAUAUAGUCUUAGUUAAUGCCUCUUUAUUCAUUUUACGACGGGCAGGUCGACCCAAUCUAUUAUUCCUUCCGUUUCGUCUUUGACGGGUGCAUGUGAAUUUAAGAAAGAAAUAGCUUUCGCACUUACCAAAAGUACAUUAAGAAUUUGUGGCUUAAACAUGUUAUAUGACAUUUGUAUGAAUACAAAAGCAUGUCAUUAAGGGUAAAUAUCAAGUUAAAUAGUUUUCAGAUAUUAAAGGUGUCAUUCUUUAUCGCUUUGUUUCUUCCACUCCAAUGUCAUACCCUCAUAAAUCCUGCAAACUAACUACCAUCAUGGUCAUGUAAGUAGUAAAUCAAAGACAUAUUAUAUAUAGUUCUAAUUUCGUUUAUUCUCUAGAUAUAGUGAUGUCCUAACCAUAUCAUUUCUAUGUAAGUUAGUAUGGUGCAUGCUUGCAGAAAGUGAUGUUAUAUCAUUCUAUACACAAUCAGCAAGGGAAGCUAGCUUUGCCUUGGCAAAAAGUGAAGAGUAGAAUCUCAAGGUAACUAAAACGAAGCUAAGUAGCAAAAAAAUAAAAAAAAUAGCUGGGCUCUUUUGAUCAGGUAAUAAAUAAAUCUAGUUGGCAUGUCGCUAAGCUCUUUUCCUUUGAAAAAGCACAAAGUUAAUUAUGUGUUAAAGUUAAUAUUGAUUAAAUAGUACGUACUUUAAGUUUUAAAUUUUGCUUACCUCUCAAAAAGCUUAAAUUGGAUAUAUAAAUGAUAAGUCAAAAGGUACACGCGCCCCGGGGGGGGGGGGGGUGUGGAGAAGAGGAACUGACCUCUUCAUUAUAAGACAAGAAUGGAGAAUGCUUAAUUCCUACAAAUUGGAUCAUUACUCUUCUUUUUUUUAGGCUGAAACUGCACUUCCAUGUAUUUUAUAUAUAUAUAUAUAUAUAUAUAUAUAUACUUCCACCUAACACUGAGCAGAUAGGUGAUCCCCAAAGUUUCAGAAGUGUGCAUACUUAACCUGCAUAUUUUUUUUAGUAGUACUUGGGUAUACUUGCAUGAAGAUUUGAAUUUUCUUGGGCAUGUUGCUUCUCUUUUUCUUCCUAUGUCCUUGGUUCUUUGUUCCUUUUUAGUCCUACUUCAGAAUGUUAUUUUGAUCAAGGUUCCUUUUCCUUGCUAACAUAGAUUGUCCAAGCAACCCGAUUGUCAAUACGUUUAGAGCAAACAUGCACGGUUGACACCCUCUUCAAUUGUACAGUAACUUUAACCCUGAACAAACUGUAUAGGGCAUACUCAUGCUACUAUCGAAAUAGUAAUACUCAGUAUAUUCUAUGCAGAAAAUUUUACGCUUGGUCGUUCUGUAUUAAUCCUGUCCACACUGUCAUAGCUACUAUGAAGCGUAUUAAUUAGACCACCUUAAUCUUAUCAUGUAAAUUCAAAGAGAGAAGAAACUAUAGAUGACGGGAACUUUAAUGGCUUCUAUGUGAAGGAGAGGGCCGGAGAGAGGAAGGAAUUUAAGGAGAGUAUCAGAAGAAAAGGAGAGAGAGAGAAGAAAGAAUUAGGAGGAGUAUAACAACAAAGUCUAAAGCAUUUCAUCAGUUUCUUACACACACAUAUAAAUGUAUAAUGCUCGUUCUACCUCCGUUCCAAUUUAUGCGAAGAUAUUAAUUGAGUACGAAGUUUAAGAAACAAAGUAAGACUUUUAAAAUUUAUAGUCUAAAAUAUUAAGCUCUAGAUAUUUAUUAGCUAUAAAUCAUUUCAUUAAGGAUAUAAUGAGUAUUUAAAUUAAUUAUUACUAAUUAUAGAAAUAUAUCCUUCUUUUUUUUAAUUCACUAACAAAGAAACCAGGUCAUAUAAAUUGAACAGAGGGAGUAGUUGAUGUUUUUAGUUGGGGUAGAUGUGUGUUAAUAUGUAUCACCUUUUUGGCUAGUUAGAAGUUUGGUGUUUAAUUAUUGGCAGGUCAUGUAUAAACAAUGAUACGAGAAUUUGAUCAAGUGAAAAGGUCCAUUUUCCUCAACUUUUUCCAAAGUGUUUAAUUCAUCUACUACAGUAGUUUUUUGUUUUGGCUUAAUAAGGAUAAUAUACUUGUUAUGUAAGUACAAAAUUUUGACUCUUCUAUGAGUUCUUUUUCUAUUCAUCUGUGAAAUAUCAUGGACCGAUUCUAAAAUGUCGCAGAAGAAAUGGAAAGCGGUAGACAUGGAGCCGUGCUUAGUGUGAAAGAGCAUGAUGCACAUCAGUUAGUACAUACUAGGUAAUGAGUCUGCAAUGGUAUCCCCUUAUUUCUUUACAUCACUCCAUUAUCAGUGGAGUCGACUGUCUUCCAGAGGGGUUUCAUCCCAUGAAGUACUCUCUCCGUCCCAUAAUAAGUGUCAUCUUAAUCAAAAUCAUGCAUAUUAAGAAACCAAUAAUGUAAUGUCAAGUUUACCAAAUUACCCCUAUAUAAUAAAAACAACUUACUUUUAUCUCUCGAUUAGAACAUAUACAAGAAGUAAACCAUUUGACAUUGGGAAUCCAACAAUACCAAGUUAUUAUGUGACUUUUCCAAUCGUCAUUUAGAUGUUACUUUAUAGUCCAAGGGUAGAAUUGAAAAAAACUAGUCAAUUUAUGUCUUGAUUUUCUAAAGUGACACUUAUUAUGCGACAAAAAAAUUACACUUAUUAUGGAACAGAUGGAGCAUUAAAGUGCCUAGAAAGAUAUUAGGUGUGAAGCGCUACUAACUCACACCAUUAACUUUAAUUUGAUCCAAUCACAUAGAUGGAUAUCUAAGUGCAUCAAAAGGCGGUUCCUCAUUCAAAGAAUACUAUGCCUAUUUCUUGUUGGACUAAUGAUGUACACCAUGUGUGUUUUGUCGUAAUUGGAUCGGCGGAAGGAAGCACAUAUGCCUUAAUUCUCCAUCGAUCCAUCUCUCAUUUAAUUUUCAACUCUGCAGUGUUCAAUCUUUUUCUUUUGUGCAAAUUUGGUCUAUCAUGGUCAUUGGUCACAAUCAUUGCAUCGAACAUUAUUCUAAAUUAAAAUUUCAUUUUCUUUCAUUCUUCUGUUUAAAGAAAAACAAGGUCAAAAUGCCUACUAUCCAGUUAGGAUAGUAUCAAACUACCAAUUAUAUAUAGGGAACGACGCUGGAGGAUAGGAUUCAAUAUUCUAGGAUAUAUAUUCUUAAGGAAUAUCAUUGGUUGUCCCAUUGUUGGUAAAUUUAUCCGACAAAAAACCAUGGUACGCAGUCGUAACUAGAGAAUAAAUUAGGGAUUUGUUGAUGACUGAUAUUACCCAUCACUAUUUACCUAAAGACAAUAGUGCGACUUCCCGAGUUAAAAUUUUAAGGAAUUUUCUAUAAAAAUCACUUUUGUUUCAUUUAGGACAGUAAAGUCACUUAAGGAUGCCUUGGAGGAGAUUGGAGAGAAGACUUCGUGGAUUUACAACGUUUGGGAGUUGGCAUUGGAAGAGUUGCAAAGUGGCUAGAAGCGCAAAAUGGCUAAAAGUGAAACUAUGGGGAUAAGAUUGCAAUUGGAUGUCAUACUUGCAAGUUAUGGGGUUAGAAUGGCAAUUGGAGGUCAUAAUUGCAAGUUAUGAGGCUUUGGAUGCAAUUGAAGACCCAUGUGGGUAUUUUUGCAAAAGAGCCACUUUAGGGCCUUUUGGUGUAAUAGGCAUUAGUAUAAAUAGUUCUUUUCAUCUAUUUGGAAGACUUACCUUAUGAUAUUGUGUGAACUCAAAUAUUGAGGGAUUUUAGUUAAUAGAUAGAUUGUUAGGUUACUACACUAAGUGUGAUUUCAUUGUUGCAAAGUGAAUUUGCUUAUCCAUUGAAUUCAUCUAGAUUGCUCA